AUGAAUUCCAAUGCUUGUAACGUUUGCCAGCAAGCUUUUAAUUCCCCAAAUAACCCCCUUGAAGAAUGCUUCAUCUGUAACUACCGAGUUCAUCAGAGUUGCUACGGCUUCACUAGGGCAAGGAAUAUAGAAAAGUUCUACUGUCAUGUGUGUAGGAUUAAACCCAAUAUGAAUGUUGUCACGUGCGAGUUAUGUCCAAUGAAAGAAGGCAUUUUCCGACCGAUUGAGGAUUCAAAAAAGUAUGCUCAUGUAUUAUGUGCCCUGUGCAUUCCCGAGGUGAAGUUCCUUGAUAAUGCCACAAUGGAGGUUAUUUCGAUUAAAAAUGUUCCUUCAAAGGUUCGAAGGAAGUGCGUACUAUGUGCACGAGAAAGCAACAGUAAAGGUGGCUUCGUUAAAUGCGCAAAAGAAAAUUGCGUAUCCUACGUUCACGUCACUUGCGCUGCAGCGAAACACCUAUUAGAAAUGCCCCUAACACAGGAGUUAUCUCUUAAGAAAAACCUCGCAAUUUUGUUUAAAUCGGCACCGGAGUUGAAUAUUGGAAAACAUUAUCCUGUUAAGCUUAAACACUGCCUUGCCUUUUGUGAUUUAAGCCAUUAUAUGGUAAGAUGUGCUGAGGUAUCCCCUGCUACUAAAUUAUUAAGGCUACCAUACUCCCUUAUAGCUAAUCAGCCUACAAGAGUAAAUAUCCCAAGCUCUUCAACUUUCUCCAAGAGGCCAGAAGAGACAAAUAAAGACGAAACCCAGACUUAUAUGGAAGAAUCCCAAACGAGACAAGAACCAAACCAUGAUAAUAUAGGGCCAGCAAUCAAUAAAGAAAACAAAGAUCCCACGGAAAUUGUAAACUGUAUUAAGCCAUCUACUGUUUCGAAAUCGCCGCCUGCUAAAAAUUCAUCCACUGUUAUGGGAAAGAGGAAAAGAGGUCGACCGCGAAAAGAUACUUCAACUAAUCUUCCGUCUGCUUUGAAAGAGCGUCAAUUAGAUAAAAGUCAAUCAAGUGCAAAAGGCUCCCAAUCAACAAAACAACAAGUCACAGUGAAGUCGGGUGUAAAUUCUCAUCGAUCGACAACAAAAAGUGAUCAUUCCGAAGAAACGCCAUCAGCUACCAAGAAACCUCGAGAAGAAUUGGGCUCAAAUCCUCAUGAGUCUGGAAUUAGUCGCGAAAGCGAAACGACGGAGAUAUCAAAACGCCCCUCUCUGGUAAACUCCAUUGUAGUUGUGGAGAAGGAAUUAGCGAAAGAGUGUCCUGAUUCAACAAAUGGCUGUAAACCUAACAAAGAAGCUAAAAAUAAUAAUCAAUCAGCCAGUAAGAAACCUCGGGAAGAAUUCACCACAAGACCUCAGAAGUCUAGAAAUAGUUGUGAAAACAAAACGGCGAAGAUAUCAGAACGCUCAUCUUUGGUAAAUUCCACUGAAGUUGAGGAGUGUCCUGUUGGAAGAAGUGGCUGUAACCCUAACGAAGAAGCUAAGAAAAAUAAAUCUUGUAACCCAGGACGUUUUUCAAAGACUAGGUCUUCCAAAGAGCCACUCCCUUCGAAGUGUGACGGAAAAGCAUAUCGAGGAAAAGAAAUUGGAAGACAUUCAUCUUUGACUAAAAAUAGACCUGAUUGCGAGGUCUGUGGCUCAAAAGUUGAAAGAAGACUACAAUUUUCCGAGAUUUCAUCAUUUGAUGAACUUUUUGAAUGGGAUUACCAACAGAGCCUAAAGAAAAUUAUUAAAAAUGCGCCUGAUUCGAUGGUGAUGCAACAGACAGAACCACAGAUGACCCCAGAGACUACGCCUAGUCUAGUUUCUACGCUUUAUUUUAUCCCAAUUGCACUGGGUCUCAAUGACAAGCAGGAAUACUCAGCUCUGACCCUCUUGCAUGAUAUGUUUGAAUUGAAAAGGCAGAAUAAGAAGCUUGAGGCGGAAGUGAAGCGUUUGAAGGAAAAAGAAGCCUUCUACAAGUGUUUUAAUGAGAAAAUCUCAAAACAUGUUGCUAGAGUGGAGAUUUACAAAGCCUCUAUGGAGGACUCACCUCCAAUUAUCAUGUCAAGUGUAAAGAAUAAUAGACAAGAACAACCAAUUUCCACUGGUUUCACUCAAUCGACACCAAAGCGGACAGCCACGGCAGUACAAUUGAAGCUUCCGGAAACUGAGAUUACAACCAAUGGUCGUCUUUCAAUACCCGUCAAUUUCGAAUCUUCGUCAUUGAUUGAGGACAGAGAACCAGUAAUGGAAGCACCCAAAAGGCGUAAGUUUCUUUCCUCUUGCAUAGUAAAGCACUUAUCAACCAGUCGCUUUAGGGGAAAUUAUGAAUAG